AUGGAGGAAGAAGAGAGCCCUGUUGAUGGCGAGAUGAGGACCCCCUUUGCUGCAGAGACCUAUGCUGCUGAAGCCAUGGCUGCAGACAUGGACCCCUGGAUUGUUUUUGACUCUAGAAGAACUCCCAGAUCCGAGUUUGAUGGCUGGUUGGAGAGUAACAGGCCCUCCCAAGUGUCCAGAUUUGGAGACGAGGAGGGUGGCGUCAGCCCUGUGGGGUGGAUCGCUGUGGUGGGCCCAAACCACUGCCCCAGUGGUGCGGAUGUCACAGGACUCCAGGAGAGUUGGGAGAAACUUUUGGCGAGUUCCCGGCCCGUCACCUUCCAGACAGUGAGGGAGCUGGCCCUGAACCAUAAAGUACUCUCAGGCAAGUGGCUUAUGCACUUGGACACUGGUUUCAAGUUGGACCACGCUUGGGAAUGUGUGGCAAGAGCAGCCCUAGAUGGCAAGAUCUCACUCGUUAAAGUCAGCCCAUUUGACCGCAAGGCAGAGGGCAAGCAGGUCAUUUGUGCCUAUAACCAGAACUUCACUGAUGAGAAUGAGGUCAUGAGGCUGGAUUCGGUCAUUCGUGCCACAGGGGUCAAAUGCCCUCUCUCGUACAAGCCAGAUGUGUAUACAUACCUGGGAAUCUAUCGGAACAACCGCUGGAAUGUUUGCCCCACCAUAUACGAGAGCAAGUUCGACCUGGAGUGUGUGCCCAGGCGUUCCCACGUCAUCAACAAAGUUACCAAUCUUGAGGUAACAUAAGCCACUCAGACCAAGAGAGGAGUUUUGCUGUAACAGUAUGUGAAGAGGUGUGUGAUGAUUCCAGGAAAUGGGUUGGACAGUACAGUCCUCUGACUGCAACUAUUUAGAACAUCAUUGGUUGAACUCCGAUCACAAAUUCAUCCUUUUUUUUUUUUUUU